CUCUCCUCUCAUCUCUUCAACCUCCCUCUUCUCUCUCCCUCCGUCGGUCAAGAUCUCACUCGGCUUGACUCAAUGUCGUGCCGACUCCGCUGACUUUGACGCUUUUUUCUUUUGUUUUCCCCCCUUUGCCGUGGCUGCGAUUUUCGGCCAUCAUGUUGCCCUACAUUAACCUCCUCUUCGACUACCCAGCGAAAGCUACGGGAGCUUCGAUCGAUGAGUUGAAGCUCAUUGCGUCAUUCCUGCUGUCCUAUCCUCUCGCCGGCUUGCUGAAGCGAAUCCCGGAUGCUCAGCCCUGGAAGAAAAAUGCCUUCAUCAUCGCCGUCUCCUUGUUCUAUAUCGUCGGCCUGUUCGACCUGUGGGACGGCCUCCGCACUCUGUUCUAUAGCGCCGCUGGGACUUACCUGAUCGCCUACUACAUCGAUGGCUCCCUGAUGCCCUGGAUAGGCUUCAUCUUCUUGAUGGGCCACAUGUCCAUCAGCCACAUCUAUCGCCAGAUCCUCAACGACCCCCAAACGAUAGAUAUCACCGGGGCCCAGAUGGUGCUCGUCAUGAAGCUCUCAUCCUUCUGUUGGAACGUCCAUGAUGGUCGACUGCCGCAGAGCCAGCUCUCAGAUCCCCAGAAAUAUGCUGCGAUCACUCAAUUCCCCAGCAUCCUGGAUUAUACCGGCUACGUGUUGUUCUUCCCCGCGCUUUUCGGCGGUCCGUCUUUCGAAUAUGUCGACUACCGGCGCUGGCUCGAUACCACUCUCUUCGAUAUCCCUCCGGGAACGGACCCUUCGAAGGUGCCUCCCACCCGGAAGAAGCGCAAGAUUCCCCGGAGCGGAACUCCUGCCACCAAGAAAGCCCUAAUUGGCCUGGGUUGGAUCUUCGCAUUCCUGCAAUUGGGGGCCUACUACAAUCAGGAGGCGAUCCUAAGUCCCGGAUACAUGGAAUAUUCCUUCCCUCGACGGGUCUGGAUUAUGCACAUGGUCGGACUCACCACACGGCUCAAGUACUACGGGGUUUGGUCUUUGACGGAAGGUGCCUGCAUCUUGUCCGGCAUGGGAUACAAUGGAUUUGACCCCAAGUCGGGCAAGGUCUUCUGGAACCGGUUGGAGAAUAUCGACGCAUGGAAGCUGGAGACCGCCCAGAACUCGCAUGGGUAUCUGGGCAGCUGGAACAAGAACACCAACCACUGGCUGCGCAACUACGUCUAUCUGCGCGUCACUCCCAGGGGAAAGAAGCCUGGCUUCCGUGCCAGCAUCGCCACGUUUGCGACCAGCGCUUUCUGGCAUGGUUUCUACCCAGGGUACUAUCUGACCUUCAUCCUCGGAUCUUUCAUCCAGACGGGAGCCAAGAACUUCCGUCGGUAUGUCCGUCCCUUCUUUCUCACGCCGGACGGUAGCAAGCCGACCCCCUACAAGCGUUACUAUGACAUUGUGAGCUGGUUCACGACCCAGCUCACAAUGUCCUUCACCGUGAUGCCCUUUAUCUUCCUGUCGUUCAGCACCUCCAUCGGCGUCUGGCGGAACGUCUACUUUUACGGAAUUGUCGGCAACAUCCUCAGUCUUGCGUUCUUCGCCAGCCCCGCCAAGGGCAUCCUCAUCCAGAAGCUCAAGUCGCGCAACCGACCCCACGUCACCCGCUCGACCAGCUCCGACGCCCUGCAGCAGCCGACCCUGGGCCUCCCGAGUGAUGCUGUGCAAGCCUUCGAUGAGGCCGUGCAGGAGAUCCGGAGUGAGAUUGAAUCCCGGCGCCGACGCGGUAGCGCCGUGACCAUGCCGACCGGUGAGGAGCUCAAGGCGGUCGUGGAAAGCAAGAUCGGUCGCAAGCUCUCAUGAUCGUCCCGAUCGGGUGACUUGCUAGAUGACCCAUACCGGGUCACAGACUCGGUCCUGUUGGAGUUCAUCUC